GCUGCUGAGUAUGAACAACAAGAUGGCGAGCAAAGAAGAGAUGGAGAAGGCUCUUUACAAAGUCAAACAUAUGGUUUCUUCCCACCCCGUAGUCGUGUUCAGUAAAACAUAUUGUUCAUUCUGCACUAGAGUGAAGGACCUUCUUUCGGAGCUUGGUGCUGCUAAAGAAGUCAUUGAGCUUGACAAACAAAGUGAUGGGGCUGUCGUUCAGAAUGCGCUACUUGAGUGGACGGAUCAGAGGACUGUGCCAAACGUUUUCAUUGCAGGGAAGCACGUAGGGGGCUGUGAUGCAAUGGUGGAGAAACACAGGAAGGGGGAGCUUUUGACAAUGCUAAAAGAGGCUGGUGCCCUUGGUACACCGCCUGCUCAGCCCACUUGUGGUGACAUCACCGACACACCCAGCAAGCUGCAGCCUGCUCAGCCGACUUGCGGUGACACCACCGACACUCCCAGCAAGCUGCAGCCUGCUCAGCUGUAGAAUAUCUGAAUGGAACAGGUCAUAACCGUAUGGAUAAAGGUCGUUCUUAAUUAGAGUUUACUACUAUUGAUAAUAAUCUUGGUUGAAAUGAUGAUGUAACCAAAUAAAAUGGUCCCUGAUGUUGAAAGGCCAUUUUUGUUUUUUCUUUUAUAAUUCUAAUAAUUAAACAAGGUGUUUUUUUUAAAUGUAAACUAUUAAAUAGAGGUUGAAAGAGAAAAACGCCGAGUAAAAAUCAUUUUUUCGAGUAAUAUGACUAAUGUACUGUCCACGUGUGUUUACAAUAAGGUAACUACCAUGAAUGAAUGGAUGUCACCAACCAUUCCAUGCAAAAAAAGUGAAAGAUUGUGUAAUUGAAAGUAAUAAAUCAGGAAUCAGGAGUAGCUGAAAGUGAUUGGGUCAUGCCUAGUGACUACACCUGACGGAUCCUUGUUUACGGAUCCUUGUUUACUUAACGUCUUACAAGUAGUUAUGAUGUUAUUACUAGGACUGUAAUUUGUUGACCUGAUCUGGUUUGUUUAAAUCUGGUCUGAACUUGUCUGGUCUGGUUUGGUAAACGUUUGGUCUCUUUAUAUUUUAUAAUUGCGGAAGUCAAG